UUAUUUUUCACAUUUGUAGGUACUGAUGGCUGUGAACAAGGUAAUCCUAGUCUUUAUUUCAUUGACGACCACAACAUUAAGUGUGUGGAGUUUCAAUCACUUCAUCAAUCUAACCCAAACAUCAGAACAGUCGUUUCCAACAUUGCCGAGGGUACAGCAAUAGACAUAGAUGUAAGAAACAAUAUAGUGUACUGGAGCGACACUCACGCCUGGACAAUAAAUAAGAAGAAUCUCACAUCUGGAGAGGUGAAGGUCAUUCUGAAGGAAGACAUUGGGGAGGUUUUUUCCAUAGCUGUUGAAUGGGAAAGUGGCUUGAUCUACUGGACAGAUUAUCUCUACGAAAGAAUAGAAGUGGCAAAAACGGAUGGAAGUGCUAGGAAGACAUUAGUGACACAUAAUGUUAAAUCGCCCGUUGGAAUUGCCGUGCACCCAGGAAAGGGGUAAGUUGAGUUUUAUACAUGAGUCAUAUCCUACAACAUCUCUGAACAUCAUUUCAAACACCUCCUGGGGACACAAGGAUACGAGUGCAAGUAGGCUCUAACUGAACCCGUUCCCUUGAAUCUGGCCUUAGUAUUCCUUCCGUAGCAGAGACUACGGGAGGAACGCACGGGUCCAUAAAAUUAUUACCACUAACACCUCUUGAACAGUGGCACCCAACGAGAAUAUAAAUCAAAACCACUUAAACAUAGCAUUUACGUAUUUUGGUAUUUAAACAGUAGAUAUAGGCAUAUGUUUAUCCCCUAAAAAGUUUUCAUCGGAUUUCCUAGCUGAAAGUCUAGUGAUCCGAAAAUUACAGGGGUCAAAACUUACCUUUUCGAAAAUUCAGCCAGAAAAAAAGAAUCCCGAAAAUUCUAGGUGACCUUUUCAGGGUAAAAAUCCCUUUAAAAUGGGCAGUCAUACCAUUUUUUAGAUGUUCGAAAAUCCUAGGAGAGGCAGGCAAGCGAGAAAUUGUACAACAAAUGUUCCGAAAAUUCUGAAUCUCAAAUCGUCUUCCGACGGAACAGAUAUUUUCCGAAAAUUGACGUUGGGUGCCCGUCUUGAAAUCCCAUGAUUGAUCGUUUGUUUAACCUUUUUGUUAGAUACCUGGUUUGGUCCGACUACGAUUACAGUCAACCGAAGAUAGUACGCGCAGAUUUAACUGGUGAAAAUCAGCGAGAAUUGUUCACGUUAUUUCACGGCGUGCCCUUGUACCUAACCAUCGACUACUCCGAAAACCGUGUGUACUGGGCUGAUAUUUUCUAUACCAACACCUUCAUUGGUUCCGUGAGCCUCGAUGGAACCCAUUUUGCAGCGAUUGGAUAUCUAUCUCAAUCAUUUUUUCCAUUCCAUCUGGCAAUUUUUCAAAAUGACCUUUACUGGGCUGACGUGAAUAGGCAAGGAAUAGCGUGGUUUGAUUUCAAAGGUUCUAACAGCCGAGUGAUAACUAGAGAUGAUCUUACAGAGUACAGUUUGGUCGGACUUGCGACGUAUGAUCCAUUAAGACAACAAACUGGUAGGUUAAAUUUGACAUUGUCUGUAGAGAGGUAGCUCAUCUUAUUCCAGGGAAGGAGAUAAAUUUUGCCAAGAUCGCUCAAAGUUAUCUGCACGACUUUUCCCUUUCCUGAUCGUCCUAUUAUCUUUAUCUGCGAGCGUUUUGAGCGAGAAAGAAUUAUUUCGAAAGAGAAACUAAUUGCAAACAGUCUAUUCUCUAAAUGGGUAUCAGUACCCGCGAUUUGUUGCUAAGUAAACAAAAAAGUACUUUCCUUUGAAGAAAGAGUAACAGCAAUUCGUGUAAUAAGCUGUAUGAAGCUUCUGUCCAACAAUCUGUUACUCUCCUCUUAUUAUACUAGUAAUAGUUGACACUACGGCUGCCCCCGCUCUGUAUAUUGUCGGUCAAUAGUAUUCUUGCAGUUGUGUAGCUCUUUGAAAUAUACCGAUUCAUAAUGAAGAUUCAGUCACACAUAUUCCAUACAAUACGUGAGACAAAUACAGGAAAUGCAAGGUUCCAAGCACCGUUUCAGUUCGAUUUACACAGCUUUGAUCAAAACCUUCUUAGUUUCUAGAAUAGUUUAUUUUCAACCAAAAGAAAAAAUUUAUUAGAAGUUGAAUUUUUCGCUUUUUCUCUUUCACUUUUUACAUUCAGUUCAUUUUAUUUGCCGGAAAGUAAGCCUUAGAAAAUAAUAGGAAGUUUGAUCAAUUCAAGCUCGCGCAUUCUAGUCUUAUUUUAAACUUUAUAGUUGAAGGACAUCUGUGAGCAGCGAAAUAAGUCAGCACAGAAUUUGAUUGUCGGCGAAUUUCUGUAAUCGUCCAUCGUUCUGCUAGUGAUAAGCUAGGCGUUGUUCACUCGUCUUGCUGGUUUUGGGCUGAGCCUUAUUCCGGUCAAAGAGAGAGAAAGAGUUUCUGGCAAGGUUUUAAAUCAAAGAUUUGUGAACUCGUGUCUGGCAUACUUUCCAAGUGUUUAUAUAUACACAGUUAUACGCACCUUGUAACUUCAUCUGCGCUUAACGAGUAUCUUUUGGUCCAUAACUUUCAAAACAACUGCUCCACAGAAUGUCACUGAUAACACGUAAAGCAAAAGAGUAUCGAAGUAUGACUGCACAAUGCAUGUCACAAGAUCCUGACCUAAGGGGUCCCUUCGGGAUUUUCUGUCUUUACGUCAUCCUAACCAUUUCGUACUUGCGGGAGCAAACAAUAGAAACGUCAUCAUUACCUACCGAUUCCUCGCGGCCCCUGUUCAGGCAAAUCGAGAUUUUUCUAUAUUGACCGUAUGUAUAUUUCAACUCUAAGUACUUUCCGUAAUAUACGCGCGAGUUACUAGAGUGCCUCCUCGGGAUUUCGCCUUCUGGGCGAAAUCCCUGCGGGGGCAAUAAGCAGCAAUGAAAUACCAGGUGAGCUUUCGCCCGAAAACAUUAUAUCUUCACAUGUGAAAAUAACAUGUUAUCUUCACACGUGAAAAGAUCACCGUUGCUAUGGCUACAUACUAAAUCGCGCCUUUCACAACAAAAAACUCAAAGUGAAAUGAUUCGGUGUUUCAUUGGUGGCUAUAUAAUAAAUAGAACAUUCGUUUCUCGUGUUGAAGAAAUAUUUUUCAACACUUGAAGAGAAAUUUAUUAUUUCCGCGCGGCCAUUUAAUGUCCUCUUCACUCUCUCUCCAACUUUGUUGCAACAAAAAGUUCAGAUGACGUACAGAAUGAGAUACAUAAUACUGUAAUAGGGUGCUGCUUGAAUGUUAUAAAUGUACUUUUUAAUGUGAUCGACCGUUUCUACCAAAAACGGUUAAAUUGAUUUAGACUUGACUUUCCUAAAAAAAACACGUUUAAACCGGUUUACACGGUUUUAAAUCAGCCGUGGGCAUAAUUACCCCAGGGGUACUCUCCUGGACGCUGAUUUUCUGCUAACAGAUAUGCUCGUCGUUUUCCACCAUUUCAACCAAGUUGUGGUGGUCAGUUUUGAAAAAGUUGAUCUAUCGAAUCAACGAGCGAGAACACAAAAUUGGCCGAACAACUAAAUAUAGUUGAACUCAACAGAACAUGAGCUUAACAAACCCAAAAACAUAAAGGCCCCUUUUUGUAUUUGUGAACUUUCAUGGCUGGUAAAUCUGUCAGUUUGACAAACAUCUGUUUUGUUGUUGUUGUUCUGCGGUAGAUGGAAGUGGACCUUGCACAGAAAACAACGGCAACUGCAGUGAUUUAUGUUUGCUGACUCCAGGAAGAGGAAGGAAGUGCGCUUGUCCACAAGGCAUUACGUUGAGUUCAGAUGGACUGACUUGUAAUAAUGGUAAACUAAUAUUUGAUUACUUUUUAAAACCAUUACCUUUGUUCCAGCUUUUAGUUUUCCUUAUUAUGUAUCUAACAUACGGCUUUUGUCAUUUACAGCAUCCACAGCUGCAACGCAGUCACCACCCCUUCCAGGUAUGCUAUUGGUGAAUUUACAUGUUGUGUCUGGUAAUUAUUUUUUUUAGCAUUAAAAUACUCGAGGAACAAGCAAUUUUCGUCGAUAGUUCUACCCAGCCCACAUACAGUGGAACCUAUAUUUAACGAAGUGACAAGGGACUGGAAAAUUGUGUUCUUUAUAUCGAGGGUUCGUUAUAUCGAAAACCUCGAUUUAACGAAAUGUUCGUUGUAUUGAGGUAUAGUUAAUGACUAAUUUCCAACGCCCAGCAUUUCCGGAUCUGAACAAUUUCUAUACGGUCAGCACUCGUUAACAUCCGUCGAAAGGGUCUUUCUCCCCUUACGAUUUUUACACAAGGUAGAACUGUUUUCUACUUUUAUAUCACACCUAGAUGAUAUUUCAAGCUGGAAAUCAUUUAUGAAAGUGCGAGUGUCUUCAAUUUAAGAGAAAAAAAUUGAUACGAAAGACAAGAGAAUUCGAACCCAUGACCCUGCCUUUUUUCCCCCGACUCGAAUCAACGUCUCAUACCCAGUACGCCACACUAACCAUCCACUAACUACUAGACCACUGAGGAUUUGUUGGAUGGCAGGGAAAUAAUUUAAGUACACAUAGCAUCGACCCCAACCCAAAAAAAGAACCUAACCAGUUUCGAAACAGUGCUUAACCCUAAUCAGUAAAGGCGGAGCUUAACCCUAAUCAGAAAAGGCAGUGCUUAACCCUAAUCAGAAAACGCAGUGCUUAACCCUAAUCAGUAAAGGCAGAACUUAACCCUAAUCAGUAAAGGAAAUGCGAAACGAUAAAGAAUACUACGUUGUGCAAACUUCAUAAGGUGUCCAAAGGCCAUUCGACAGAUGUUAAAUAGUGUUGACUUUUCUGUACGUAUUAAACAUUUAUAUACGAAGCUAUUGUCUCAAUCCAGAGCUGUUCAUUGCUACGGCACUAGAAACGCAAGAACAGGCAAAAAAAACUGCUUAAAACUACUGUACACAUAAAUUUUAUCCUCGUUGAUCUGCUUCGCAUUCUUAAGCUGUCUUUCGGUCACAUAUUGACGUAUUCGUUAUAUCGAGGUUUAUUCAUUACGUCUGCGUUUUUAGAUCGUGUUCGUGAUAACGAGGAUUUCGUUAAAUUGAGGUUCGUUACAUCGAGGUUCUGUUCCAUACAUUUUACUGUAAUUUUGGCCGGGCUGAAGAAAAUCGUUCGUUAUACCGAGGACUUCGUUAUAUGGCCUUCGUUAAAUCGAGGUUCCACGAUACCAGGAAGACCAAUCUUGGUGAAUAAGCUGUAAAUUAUUGCGUUCGAUGAGGGAGAAAGCGUACCAAUACAAAAGUAAUCGAGAGAGUUGGGCUUGAAUCACUCUAUGCGAUCUCAGAGGCUAGUUUAGCCAUCAUAGAAGUUUGAGGAGCAAGAGAUAUUAUGUCAGUGUACAUACAUGUCAAAGCAACCUCAAUUUUUCAGCGUACUGCUGCGCUGCUUAAAUAAGGAGUGUAUAGUACAUUGAACACAAGCAAUAUAACACUCAAAAAAGUCAGUAAAAAUUGAAAAUGACAACGCUGAAAAGAUCAUUAUCUGAAAACAAAUUUUCUUUUUUACAUACAAGCUAUCGAAGUCCGUCUGGUUGGCUCGGCACAAUCCAACCAAGGUCGAGUGGAAGUGAAAUACAACGGACAAUGGGGGACAAUAUGCGACGAUUAUUGGGGAAUAUCCGAAGCACAUGUCAUAUGCCGCAUGCUGAACCACUCUGGGGCAGAAUUUGCGCUUCGAGAAGCGGCAUUCGGUCCCGGAAGAAGUUCUUACCCCAUUUGGCUGGACAGCGUAAAAUGCAGAGGUGAUGAGCCUACCAUUGCAGCUUGUCGGCAUGAUGGAUGGAGACAACAUGACUGCCGACAUAGUGAGGACGCCAGUGUGGUCUGUUGGAGGGAUUCAGCACCUAGUAGUCAAGGUAAAGCGCUUCGCAAUUCCCUGAUGAUUAGAAAACCUUUCAACAGAAAUCUCAAUCAAAUAGUUUCAAGUCUGUUCCUUACGGUUAAAAGUGCUAGGACGUGCAUGGUUUCUGGCUCAUGUUCCCAUAACAGAUUAUUAAUUACCCUUGGCUAUCAGGUAGUUAAGGAUUAUUAAGGAUGAACAAACAACAUUGAAUUAAUCAUAACACCAUUUGACGUUCUCAUAUUAUUCUUAUUUUUUUGGACAUAAUAGAACCAACUUUGGCUCCAGGACCACACCCUGGUACGUAUAUAUUUUGGUGUUAAUUGAAAUCUCUAAAUCGUUUUAAGUAAUUAUUACACCUUAGUUUUAGUUAAUUAAGUUAGAUACACGGCAUUCAUAGAAAACAGGUCUAGUUUAGUGUAAUUAUGAGUAGUAUUUUUACUAAAGGGACUCUUUAGAUACGUUUUUACUGUUAGUAAAUAUUGUUAUGUAGUUGUAUUGAAUAUUGUGCCAAAAAAAGACCUGAUGAAUUUUUACCAUGUUGAAAUAAAGAUUGAGAUUUGAGAUUUAGAUUUGAGGCCGUGGGAGGAUUAGCUCAGUCGGUAGAGAGCUUAACUGCAGAGAGGGAAGUCGACGGUUCGAUCCCCGGGGCCAGACCAAUUAAUACUCUGGGUCUUAAAAUAACUGAGAAAUGAAGGUACCCCCCUUGAACUGAAAGCGGCUAGACCUUCGCGUGGCUCGGAUGCCCCACGUAAGAUGGCGGUCCCGUCUCCCGUUGCAGACGUAAAAACAGUGUCCCUAAUUAGUACUUUCGGGCUAAAUACAUUGACAUUCAAAUUAGGUGUUUUUUUUUUCCGGCUGGAGGCGCCUUCUAACGUCUUUCAAUACCUAAAUCGGAAAUUGUCUAACAACUAACGUCUUUCAAUAUCUAAAUCGGAAAUUGUCUAGAAACAGACCAAAACUGGUUCAACCAUGCACCAGAGGUUAUGAAUUAUUCGCUGUUCAUAUUGAAUGCUGCACAACGAGUUUAAGCAUUCCAACCAGGCUGCUGCUAACUAUAUCCUGCCAUCAUAUUAAUUAAGAGCAGCCUACAGAUGUAUUGAAUAGUAUGAUAUUCGCCUAAUACCUUGUAAUAGCAAGGUUUUCAUAUGACAGUAUGACGCGAAUAUAAUUUCAUUGCCUUCACAGAACUUGAAAUACGCUUGCACGGUGGUGAGACGCAUUACGAAGGUGGGGUUGAAAUCAAACUAAACGGAACCUGGGGAACAAUAUGCGAUGAUUUUUGGGGGAUCGAGGAAGCUAACGUAAUUUGUCGCAUGUUGAACUUUACGGAGGGAGCUCUAAGUACACAAUGCUGUGGCUUUUAUAACGGCUAUGGGAUCGCCGAAAAAAUAUGGCUGGACGAUGUUCAUUGCGAUGGUGAUGAACAAAGCAUCGCGGAGUGUCGUCAUGGCGGUUGGGGAAGUCACAACUGUAGGCACACGGAAGACGUGGGAGUAGUCUGCAAACAUUCACCAGUGUCAGCACCAGGUAGUCAUUGUUCUCUUAAAAAUACAUCUUGACGACGCUCGACUAUGAGCUCGUUAUGCGAAAUGGGAGUUUAUAUAGUCACUUCAAAUAUGAUCCUUCUCCGAUGACUGUUUUUCAAUCGUCUUUUAAUUUGACAUUUCUGGAUCAUUCAUUUCAUUAAUAUGAGGCCACUAUUACCCUUACAGCCGUCAAUCCGGAGAUAAUAUCUAUUUUUUAAUAAUCUUUAGCUCUGUCUGUUAUUAAAAGUAAACGGGUAUAGUUAAACGAAAAGAGCUCUUACUCACUUGGAAUUGUCCUCAAAGAAGUUUAAAGAUCUGAACUGGCAUAGCUGUCUUUGUAUAUCAUAGCAUUGAAAUAACGAAACGUUAAGACGUUAUAUUUCUUCUUUUCCCCUAAAGAUCAAAUCGUACGACUGGCAGACGGAGCGAGGGAAAGUGAAGGAAGAGUGGAAGUUUUCCGUGACGGUCACUGGGGAACAGUAUGCGAUGACCAAUGGGACAUCAAUGAUGCAGAUGUGAUAUGCAAAAUGCUGAAUUAUUCAAGAGCGGUACGCGCUCCCGGUCACGCCUUCUUUGGCCGUGGAAAUGGCAAAAUAUGGCUUAGUGGCGUGGAGUGCCGAGGCAGUGAAACUUCUAUUCUACAAUGUGGGCAUCUGGCAUGGGGCAGCAAUAACUGUGAUCACCACGAGGAUGCAGCCGCUAUCUGCCAACAGCGUGCACCACAUUUAGGUUAGCAAAUGAAGAUAACAUUUGGGUCGCUGCAGGCCACCACCAGUUACUGCAUGUGCAUGACUUAUUAUUAGGAGUGGAUGCCAGUGCACCCCAGAUUCAUUUGUUAUAUUUUUGCAUUUGUAAACUCUAGCAUUCGAGAGGAUUUGGGCACAGUUGGUACUUACUGCGAUAGUCAUGCUGCAUCAAAUUAAGAUCAUAUGGGUUGCUGCAGGUGAUCUAGAUAAACAUUUAUUCUUAAAUACGUCUAACAAACAUGUUUUGUUUUCAUUUAAGAAUCCAUAAAUUUCAUCCUGGUUUGUGAGUCUGGAAGGAGCUUAAUCUACCACAUUUCCCUUGAUAGUAGUGGCUUUCCAGAGAAAGGGGUGCCUCUCGCACUACAGACAAAUAACCCACAAGCUGUUACCUUCAAUAGCGAAGACAAAAUGGUCUACUGGAUUGAACAGUCUGGCUCUAUUGUUCGUUCCUAUCUUAACGGAAGCUCAAGGCGGGUUAUCGUUAAAGGGCUGACGUUCCCAGCAGGUCUAGCAAUAGACCAUUUGGGCCAAAAUCUUUACUUCACCGACCAAAAAGGAAUCAUGGUAUCAAAACUAGAUGGGUCCUAUCAGACGCAUUUAAUCAAUUCGACGUUUGCUCAUGGAAUAGCCUUAGACAGUGAUAAUGGGUAAGAACCUCUGUCAACUAUAUGAUCGUAUGCAUGAAGCAAUCGACUCAGACCUUGCACAUAUUGUCGAACCCCUCGUAAGCCACCUCCCAGUAUGUGAAGAUUUAGUGGUCGCGCGCUUAUGAGAGAUGGUCACCUUCGCGAAUUGAACCAUAGGGGGAACUCUAUGAAAAGAAGUUCAGACCUACCUGAAUUUUGACAAAUACUCUAUUGCAUGUAAUUUCUGAGUUACGUAUAAAUGUAGUUCUAUCACUAAACGUUUUUCGUAUAAACUGAGCAUCUUAGUACAUAAAGCGAACAAAGAGGCUGCACCAUGCAUGCGACAAGCGGUCGCUUAAAAGUGGUUUGUGAAGUCUGUCGGGCCAAAAAGCGGCCGCGGUUGCCUUACGAGAGGUGGUCGUCAACGAGAGCUUCAGUCUUAUUUUAGGGCCUUGACUGGGACAAUUUUGGAUGUUUUGUCGGAUGGGUAGCAGUCGCGGAUCUAGGGGAGCCGCCCCCUUUCUUUUUAGACCAAACUCAAGGUCUGGAUAAGACAUUAGGCAGUCGCUUAUGGGAGGUGAGCAUGGAGAUAAGACUGUAUAAUAAACUUUAAGAAGUAGCAUGCAAUGAGACGUUUCAAGCUUUGAGGAACGUCUUUUUCUAAAUCCUCUUAAGAACAAACAACUAAAAUGUUCAAUAAUUAUAGCAAUCACUCAAUGCAUUGUUUUGUUCUGAGGUAUUGUGUCUUAUUUUCAGACAUAUCUACUUCACCUCUACUGGUACCAAACCAAAGAUACAACGAGCAGACAUGGAUGGCAAAAAUGUUUUUGUUUUGAUGAACGUUUCCUCCAUUCGGGAAACUAAGCUUGACGUAGCACUUGACAAAGUCAACAAACGCCUAUACUAUUCAGACUCAAGGAACAACUUAGUAAAAUACAUCGAUCUCGCCAAAUUCACUCUCCACCCUGUACUGUCUAAUCGCCCUCAUGGACCAGUGGGUCUUACCUUAAUCAAUGGUACCCUUUAUUGGACAGGCGGUGAAUUACAGACUUACAGUGGUGCUGUUUACAAGGCAGAUGCAGACAACGUAAAUGGUAGCAUCGUACAUAAAGUAAUGGACCUUUUAUCGUUUCCUCAAGGAUUGUACGCGCACAAUUCGGAAGGUGUCAGGCCAUCAGGUAAGAUGGUCGAUCAAUUUUUAACGGUCAAAUAAGGGACUGUAUUAAAGAAGUCUCAGUAACCCUAAAUGUUUGCUUAUUCGGGUCAUCCUUUUGGCUUACCCGAGGAGGUUUUCCAGUAGUUGAUACUGGAUUUUCGACGUGUUUUGACCUCUAAUUAAUUUCAUUCUAUGCGCCAAGGCUUUAGCAUUAACGUUAAUGUUUCGAGAAACAAUGUUUGACAUUCUGUUCACUAACAUUACAAAAUUAACAGCUCCAAAGUACAUGUAGACAAAAAAAGCGCAUUGAGUGGCGCCUCGAAGGAAAUUAAAAAAUAAAACAAUAUACAACAAAACCUGGUCUCAGGGAAUUUUCAUUAUAUUAAAAACUCAAACGUUACUUAAAUUAAAAUAUCAUUUCUUUCAGGAAAUCACUCCUGCAUCAAUGGUAACAGCGGAUGCUCCCAUCUUUGUGUUGUAAACCCUGAAGGAUAUCGUUGUCUCUGCCCAGUUAAUGAGCGAUGCCAGACAUUACCAACAUCAAUUCCGACCACUACAGUGCACGUUUCUAGUGUUAGUUCAACAGAAAUUGGAAAGUCAGUGUCUAUAUCACCAACUAUAAAAUCAUCGCAAUUGUUACUUCCCACCAUCCAGCCAUCCCGAAGUUUCUCCAAAGCUGGCUUAUUCCAAUCUUCUUUCCCGUCUGUUGCGACUCCCAAAGUUAGCAUCAAAACGUCUAGCGCAAGUUCAAACGCAAGGUCAUCUUCUUCACCAUCCCCUUUUAACAGGCCAACCUCGGCAGUUUCCACAUUGACAUCUAUUUCUUCAAUGCCGGGCGAGGUGUGCUCCGUUAACAACCCAUGUGAAAAUGGAGGCCGAUGUACGGUCGAUGGUUUCAGCUAUAAAUGCGUAUGUGCAGGCUAUUUUGCUGGUCGGCUCUGUUCAAAAGACAUCAGUAAGUUUUAUGUUUCAUGUUUUUUGUUAUGUUUUAUUGUUCAGUCCACCAAGGAACCAAACGUAGUGUACUUAAUAGAAGGCUAAUCUAUAGCUUUCGUCUAAAACAGUGAAUAUUAGUUGACUUUCUAUUCUGAGAUUUCUGUUUGAAAAGCCUAAACAACGCGAGAGCCUAUUUUUAAUGAAAUCAAAGUUUUGAAACCUCCAUACUAAAAUGGACCAUGUCUGUCUUUGGUUUACCCUAAAAGAACAAAGUAAUGGGCACUCAAUCAAUUCAAUUUAAGAAGCUAAUUUUUAGCGCCGUUGUUUUUGUAGGGAAUUUGGUUGUUGUUAUUGCCAUUGAAAUACAAGAAAAUAAGGUGAGUUUCAUGGAUAGAAAGAGGAAUUUUGUAAACAUAUAUAAGCUGGUAACACAAAAACUUCUCCAACUAAAUGUCGUCAAUGCAAGAUGCACAAAUAGGCAUCAGCAGGUCUUACAUAGAGCCUACGUUACAGGUAAUAAUAAUGUUAAUAAUCAUCAUCAUCAACACCAUCAUCAUCAUUAUCAUCAUCAUCAACAUCAUCAUCAUCAACACCAUCAUCAUCAUUAUCAUCAUCAUCAACAUCAUCAUCAUCAUCAUCAUGGUCAUCGUCGUCUUCUUUAUUCUUCUUAAGUUAAGAGAUAUUUCUCAAGUGACAUUUACAGUCGUAAAAAACCGUUAAUUGUAAAAUACCCAAGAAAUAUGUAAACGAUGAAAGACUGAAAACUAUAUUUGUGACAAGACAAUGAAUAGGGACCGGUUUUUCUUUCCUCUGGUGCUUUGCACGCAAAGACGCGUGGAGUCAAAAAUUUGCUUCUGAAGGACUACAACAUUACUCCAUAUCACCUAGGAAACGUUUUAGUGAAGUUUGCUUUAAUAACUCUACUACUUUGCCCUAAGCUUUGUUUUAUCAGUAAAAUGCACUGUGUACAUUGCACUGAAGUUAUCGAAUCUUGGAUAUUUACUUUCACAUUUUCUCUUUCUUCACAGUUUGAUAGAGCGGCGUUGGUGCAAAUCAUAGUGGAAAGCUUGAACAAACUCUGCGCGGGUGAAACCAACAGCUGCCCAAUACAACUUUUAGAGUAAGAACAAUUGACUCUAAAUAGAAUGAAACAAUUGCCCACAAACCGUCAUUAAAGACCUUUAGAUUCUAAGACCAGUGCGACCACGAGUACGUGAUUUUCUCAAUACACUAAGCAGUGCGCGGGCGUGAACCAGCGUCAUUUUGGCCCAUUUGCACCAAGUUAUAAGCAGCGCUCUUCAGGUUUCAGGUCUUUCGUAAACCGAAGCAGCUAUUGUGUUCUUGUUAAGUGUUAAGCGUUUUUCUUCGUUGUUUUAAGGAGGUAGGAAAUCAUCUUCUUUCUUAUCCAGGCCGUCUAUUUUUUAAGAUCAAUUGUCUUCAAUAACUUCAAUAAAACGUUUUGUUACCCAGUUGGAGAGAAAUCUUUUCCCUUAACUUGGUCUCUAUGUAUAUGUGAAGUCUGAAUUUGUUACCAACAUUCUUACUUCUUUUUCAAAGGGAUAAACGAAGGAGAAAACGAUCAUUAAAGUUGACAAAAUUUACGCAGGAUGACGUGAUAAUACCGGUUGAUCCAAAGCAAUCAGGUGCAAACCUUCAUGUAGAGCUGGCCGUUUUAAAAAUCUUGGCAGAUGGUUCAACUGCUGUAGUAUCCAGUGACAAUCUCAGCAAGAUAAUACUACAAGCGGAAUCAAACAUCAGUGACUUACUCGGCGGGAGAUUGGUUAGCGCCCAGCCCAAAGUUCCAGCACAGACCACCCAACAAACGCACAGUAAAACUGCAACGAUGCCUAUUACUCUUUCAUCAACAACAGAAAAACCGGCGUCGCCUGGUAGAGUGGCUGCUAGUGAAGGAGGAAGCAAUGACGGGGGUGUCAUAGGAGGGGUGGUCGUGGCCGUUGUUGUUGUCAUUGCUAUCAUUGCCUUCCUGGUAUGGUAUUUCAGGUAAGCCAUUUUUAAAUUUAUAUGAACCAAUAUUUUCAAAAAGGAUAUAAAUUUUGGUGUUGGAAACACCAAUCACAAGAAAACACGGUGUUAGCUGCAGUACGCCAAAAGUCGCGAUCAAUAACUGACUAUCGUGACACAAACGAUAAACGGGAUCCUUUGUCAGUUUGUUUGUUCGUCUUUUAGGUAUUCUUUUAGAUGCGCUUCUCGUGAGGAUAAUUUUGCUCAAAAAUAAAUCUCAAUAAAAUGAAUGCGUAGUAUGUAUGAACUGUGAAGAUUUGAAGGAUUGCUUUUCAUAUAAACGCUAUAGUUCAAUACAGCGGAAUAGAGUUCAAGACCCACCCUAAAAUCCAAAAUUACAUUUGUUGCAAUUGAAUAUAACUAGAGGAAAUAUUUAAACGCUGUUGUUCAUUUACAAGUUCUCUUGUAGUGGUUUGAACAGUAACUAUCCUUAUUUGCAACAGAAAUAAUAGAACUGAAAGGAUUUGGUAGUUGAUGUAAAUUUGGAUACAAUUCUCCUUCACAGGGUACGAACAACUGUUCCCUACAAAAAGGAAAUAGAUGCACCCACAACACGCACGACUUCAUUUGAAAACCCAGGGUACGAUACUGCUGCUGUUGCUGGCUUUGGUGCUCCUAGCUUUGGUGCUCCUGAUAGCGUGCUUUAUGAGGAUAUUCCGCCCAUCGUUCCUUCUCCCUAUCAAGAAAUGAACGAUUUUGGUGCUGCUAUUAACCCGCUUUAUAGAUCAACUGGCCAGGAAAAUGUUUCCUCGACUGAUGGUCAUAGAUCUAGAAAGUUUGACGCUGACAAUGCCGACUUCAGUCGCAAACCAGGAAUUCCAGAGGCUCCUGACGGAAACAAAACACCCAAGGAACAGGAUUCCAAAAUGUCCUUUGACGCUGGUAUCCGUCAACAACCAACAGUUCUAAUCUUAAAUAACAGUGACAGGCCUGACAAUUUUUCAGAAAUUUAA